AUGGCCGAGCAAGAGACCAGCCGUACAUCUCAUCAGGCACGAAAUAAUGCCCCAGGUCGGUCUCAAAGUGAGGGCCAGGGUUCAGCAUCACGUUCUCGGGGAGGUUCAGGUGGAGGACGCCGCAGGGGAAGGGCAGGACGGAGUCGUGGCCAGCGACAGGAUGAUUCAGCACAAGUUCCCGAGGGUCGCGGAAAUGCCCCUCAGACAGGGCCUGCCGAUGCCGCUGUCGCUGCACAAACCAUAGCCACCCCCGAAAGCUCAGGGUCUUCUAGAGGCAGAAGAAACCGGCGAGGUAAUCGAGGUGGUUCUCGAGGGCAAGGAAACCAAGGGAGAGGCGUGUUCUCCAUGGGACCGCAGCGUACUUUUGGUGGACGCUUGACUACAACUGAGCAACCAACAGAGGUUGCUCAAGAUGCAUCUUUGAGUGCAGACGCCCCCGCAUUCGUGCCUGGACAGCCUGUGUCCCAGAGGAGUGCCCAACAGCAACCACCAAGCGCACCUCGGCCCACAGGCCAAGGACGCUUAAUAAACCGUACCAGGGACCACAAGCAGGACAGGCCCCGCCAAGAGGUUCCCAAGUCAACUGCCUCUGAAUUAUGGCAACGGAUUCAGGAAGACAUCGCCAACUGGAACUAUGAGUGCCGUAUCUGCACCGAAGAAGUUACUCGAAAAACUGAGGUCUGGUCGUGCACUACCUGCUGGACCGUCGUUCAUCUUGAAUGUGCCCACCAAUGGUGGGAUACGUCCAUGAAGAAGGACCAGGCAAUAGUUCGUGUUGGUGCGGCAAAGAAACACAGCCCAGUCGGAACAGCAUCUUGCCUCCUCAUUCAUGUGGGCAAACAUGUUCCAAGCAUAGAUCGACAUGCUCACACCCAUGCGCUCUUCAAUGCCAUCCUGGCCCAUGCCCUCCGUGCACCGUGUUGA